AUGUCCCACGACAGCGCCUCUUCCGCCAACUCUCUGCCGGGCAGUCACAAGUCACAACAAUCCUUUGCUCCAAUCCGCAGUGGAUCCACACCCUCGGAUCAUCAUCCCUCGGAGGAUGGAUUGAGCGAUGCAGCAACGGCUCGAAUCACUUCCAGCCGAAAGAGUUAUGCUUCUGGCCAUGAGGGACAGGACUGGGCUCAAAUCCAGAAGCUCAUAUCAAGAAUGUUUGGAGAGGAGCGCAAGGCAAACUCAGAAGAAGAAAAGACAAGACACGCUGGAGUCAUUUGGAAAGGUCUCACCGUCAAAGGCGCGGGCCUCGGGGCUGCUCUACAGCCUACCAACGGGGACAUCUUUCUUGGGCUACCACGCCUCAUCAAGCGACUUCUGACACGAGGAAGGAACGGAACCAGUGUCGCAAAGCCACCAAUUCGAACAAUCUUGAAUGAUUUCACGGGCUGCGUCCGCCCAGGGGAGAUGCUGCUCGUUCUCGGGCGCCCUGGAUCUGGUUGCUCUACUUUCUUGAAAGUUCUCGGAAAUCAGAGAGCUGGCUAUGAAGCUAUUGAUGGUAUUGUUGAAUAUGGUGGGACAGACUCAGAGACCAUGGCAAAGCAGUAUAGGUCGGAAGUUUCCUACAACCCCGAGGAUGACCUCCACUAUGCAACUUUGACCGUGCGAGAUACUUUACUGUUUGCCCUUAAAUCUCGCACCCCCGAUAAAGCCUCACGGAUUCCGGGUGAAAGUCGAACAGAUUAUCAGCAGACAUUUCUCUCCGCCAUCGCAAAGUUGUUCUGGAUUGAACACGCUCUUGACACUAGAGUCGGCAAUGAACUAAUCCGAGGAAUCUCUGGGGGCGAGAAGAAGCGAACAUCAAUAGCUGAAGCCAUGAUCACAAAGGCUAGCACUCAGUGCUGGGACAACUCAACCAAGGGCUUGGAUGCCAGUACUGCACUCGAAUAUGCCCAAAGUCUACGCAGCUUGACGAACACUGCCAAUGUCGCCACCGUGGUAGCCCUCUACCAGGCAUCAGAAAACCUGUUCAAUCUUUUCGACAAAGUGAUAAUGAUUGAAGAUGGAAAAUGCUGCUUCUUUGGUCCUGGCGACAAAGCAAAAGCCUACUUCGAAACCCUGGGCUUUGAAUGCCCUCCGCGUUGGACGACUCCCGAUUUUUUAACUUCUGUCUGCGAUCCACACGCAAGACGCGCCCGACCAGGUUCAGAGAAUCAGAUUCCCCGCACAGCAGAAGAAUUUGAAGUCGCAUACCGCAAAAGUGAGAUAUACAAAGCCAAUCUUGCAGAUAUCGAAAGCUUUGAGAGGGAGGUUGAAACUCAAAAGCAUGAGAAGGAGAAAGUCAGGGGCCAGAUGAAGAAUAAAAACUUCACAAUCCCCUUUUAUAAGCAGGUUGCACUUCUCACGCAUCGUCAACUUUUGAUAAUGGUUGGCGAUCGAGCAACCGUGAUUGGUAAAUGGAGUAUCAUCACCUUCCAAGCCUUGAUUGUCGGAUCACUUUUUUAUGCACUACCUGAUACGAGCGGUGGCGUGUUCACGAGGGGAGGUGUCAUGUUCUUUAUUCUCCUGUUCAACGCAUUACUUGCAAUGGCUGAGUUGACGGCCGCGUUCGAAAGUCGACCGAUAUUGAUGAAGCACAAGAGCUUCUCUUUCUAUCGCCCUGCAGCCUAUGCGCUCGCGCAGGUUGUAGUGGACGUCCCACUUGUGUUUGUCCAAGUUGUUCUUUUUGACAUCGUUGUGUAUUUCAUGGCAAACCUUUCCCGAACACCGUCGCAAUUCUUCAUCAAUCUUCUGUUCAUCUUCACACUUACAAUGACCAUGUACUCAUUUUUCCGAUCCCUCGGAGCUCUUUGUGCAUCAUUGGAUGUUGCUACACGUAUCACGGGUGUUGCCAUCCAGGCUUUGAUUGUGUAUACAGGAUAUCUGAUUCCACCGUGGAAGAUGCACCCAUGGCUCAAAUGGCUCAUAUGGAUUAACCCAGUCCAGUAUGCAUUCGAAGGACUCAUGGCAAACGAAUUUGCUGGCCUCGCGAUCAAGUGUGAGCCUCCAUAUGUUUUUCCUGAUGGCCCAAAUGCAUCUCCUGGGCAUCAAAGUUGUGCAAUCCAAGGCUCCUCCCCCGACUCAUUGGUUGUUGACGGUUCCAACUAUAUCUUCACGGCUUUUACCUACACAAGGGCCCAUCUGUGGCGUAACUUCGGGAUCAUCAUUGGAUGGUUCAUAUUUUUCGUUGUUUUGACGAUGCUGGGUAUGGAAAUGCAAAGGCCUAACAAAGGAGGAAGCUCGGUGACGGUUUUCAAAAGAAACGAAGCUCCUCAGGGGGUUCGAGAUGCAAUUAUAAACCCGGGGAAAUCCGAAGACGAGGAGUCUAAAGUCAAUAACAGCGACCAAGACCACACCCAGGAAAAAGACUCUGACGAAUCUCCGAACAUGAGUUCAUCCAUCUCCAACACAGCAAUCUUCACUUGGCAAGAUGUGAAUUAUAUCAUCCCAUAUAGGGGCGGACAGAAAAAGUUGUUGCAAAAUGUUCAAGGAUACGUCAAACCGGGCCGACUUACCGCGCUGAUGGGUGCUUCUGGUGCAGGGAAAACGACUCUUCUGAAUGCGCUCGCCCAGCGAAUCAAUUUUGGAGUUGUUACUGGUAGCUUUUUGGUUGAUGGGAGACCUCUCCCGAAGAGCUUCCAAAGGGCGACUGGUUUUGCCGAGCAGAUGGAUAUUCAUGAGCCAACUGCUACUGUGCGCGAGUCCCUCCGUUUUUCUGCUCUACUGCGCCAGCCCAAAGAGGUUCCAUUGCAGGAAAAGUACGACUAUUGUGAGAAGAUAAUUGAUCUUCUGGAGAUGCGAUCCAUUGCAGGCGCCACAGUUGGAUCUGCGGGAUCGGGACUUAAUCAAGAGCAACGAAAACGCCUGACCAUUGCAGUGGAACUUGCAAGCAAACCCGAACUACUCUUGUUUCUUGAUGAGCCAACAUCGGGCCUAGAUUCGCUUGCCGCGUUCAACAUUGUGCGUUUCCUGAGGCGGCUAACUGAUGCCGGACAGGCAGUCCUUUGUACCAUUCAUCAGCCAUCGGCUGUUUUGUUUGAGCAUUUUGACGACUUGGUGCUGCUUCAGAGCGGUGGGCAAGCUGUUUACAAUGGACCCCUUGGGAACGAUUCGAAAACGCUGAUCGAAUUCUUCGAACGAAAUGGCGGGAGAAGAUGCUCUCCACACGAAAAUCCAGCAGAGUAUAUGCUGGAAGUCAUUGGCGCUGGCGAUCCCGACUAUGAUGGACAGGAUUGGGCCGAAGUGUGGGCCAAUUCCCCAGAGUCAAAGCAGCUCCAGGAAAAUAUCGAAAAUGUUGUCAGCUCACGCCGGAACACUCAAAAUGAGAAGAUCAAUGAUGACCGGGAGUACGCCAUGCCGCUAUGGACCCAAAUCACCAGAGUUACAGAGCGGAGCUUUGUUUCAUAUUGGAGAUCAAGGGACUAUAUCAUUGGCAAGAUGAUGCUUCAUAUCUUCACCGGUUUGUUCAAUACAUUCACGUUCUGGCAUCUUGGAAACAGCUACAUCGACAUGCAGUCAAGGCUGUUCUCUGUAUUCAUGACUCUGACAAUUUGCCCACCUUUGAUUCAACAAUUACAGCCGAGAUUUCUACAUCUGAGGAAUCUCUAUCAAUCCCGGGAGUCCAAGUCAAAGAUUUACUCUUGGCCUGCUUUUGUCACGAGCGCGAUACUUCCGGAGCUUCCAUAUUCAAUCGUGGCUGGUUCAAUCUAUUUCAACUGCUGGUACUGGGGAGUAUGGUUCCCAAGAGACUCUUUCCGCAGUGCGUAUGUUUGGAUGCUUCUCAUGCAAUUUGAAGUGUACUACAUUGGGUUCGGCCAAUUCAUAGCAGCACUUGCGCCCAAUGAGCUGUUUGCCAGUUUACUUGUUCCGACCUUUUUCACGUUCAUCGUUGCAUUCUGCGGCGUUGUCGUGCCUUACGCCGCCCUCCCACACUUCUGGCAGUCUUGGAUGUACUGGCUGACGCCGUUCCAUUAUUUGCUGGAAGGGUUUGUCAGUGCAGUGACGCACGACGUUGCAGUAGAUUGUCUCGACAAAGAGCAAUCUUACUUCAGCGCUCCAGCCGGCAUGACAUGCGAAGAAUAUGCAGGACCAUAUACUCGGCAGGCUGGAGGUUAUGUCCAAGAUGCUGGUGAUGGAUUGUGCUCUUACUGCCAAUAUUCCACUGGAGAUCAAUUUUCCCGAGGAAUCAAUAUCUUCUAUGCCCAUAAAUGGCGAAACUACGGCAUCUUCUGGGGAUACAUCAUCUUCAACUUCGCUCUGGUGUUUUUCAUCUCAUGGUUACAUUUGCACGGCAUCGCUGGAAUGAAGCGUUGGUUGAGUAGGCGGAAGACAAGGAACAAAGAAACAACGCAGUAG